UCGUAAACCGCAUUGCCACUAGCAUCACCUGAAGCCGACGACAUGGCAGAAAGCAGACGUGAAAAGCGUGCCCAGCCAAAGUGGGACCCACCGGUAAACGAAGGUAGUCACGAGUUAUAUCUUUUCAACAGUCUCACGCGUGAGAAGGAACGUUUCCUCCCACAAAAUGGAAAACGCGUCCUCUGGUACAAUUGUGGACCGACGGUGUACGACGCAUCCCACAUGGGACACGCACGUUCAUACAUUAGCUUUGACAUAUUGCGACGCGUGCUUACAAACUACUUCGGCUACGACGUCUUCUACGUCAUGAACAUCACCGAUAUCGACGACAAGAUUAUCAAACGUGCGAGACAGAACCAUUUAUUUGAAAACUACAAGAACAACACCGAGAGAACUUUGCGGAUGUUGGUCGCCGACGUGAGAACGGCCACUGAUCAGUACCGCAAAAAAGCAGAAAUCGAAGAAGACCCGGACAAAAAGGUCAUGCUCGCGCGACAGCUCGAAAGUGCGACGGCAGCUUUGAAGAGCGCGGAAAGCACUGGUCCUGAAUCGGGCGAGGGCCAACGCGAGCUCUUGCUCACGGCAGCAAAAGACGCGCUCGCGGAGUGGCUCGACACGAAUCUCGGAUCCACCGUGACAGACCACAGCAUCUUUGCAGACCUUGCAACGCGUUGGGAAGGGGAGUUCUACAAAGACAUGGCGGCCCUCAACGUCCUGCCGCCAGACGUCGUUACUCGCGUGAGCGAGUACGUCCCCGAAAUCGUCGACUACGUCCAGAAGAUAAUCGACGCCGGGUUUGCCUACGAGUCGCGAGGUUCAGUCUACUUCGACACUGCGUCCUUCGACGCGAGUACCGACCAUUUCUACGCCAAGCUCGUCCCCGAAGCCUACGGAGACCAGAAGGCCCUCAGGGAAGGCGAAGGCGACCUGAGCGCUGGCAGCGAGGAGAAGAGGAACGCGAACGACUUUGCGUUGUGGAAGGCCUCGAAAUCGGGCGAGCCGUCGUGGGAAUCUCCGUGGGGUCCCGGGAGACCCGGCUGGCACAUAGAAUGUUCGGUGAUGGCCAGUGACCUGCUGGGAUCUUCUCUGGACAUUCACACGGGCGGGUACGACCUCAAGUUCCCGCACCACGACAACGAGAUUGCACAGGCGGAGGCCUACUUCGGAAACGACCACUGGGUGCGGUACUUCCUGCACUCGGGUCACCUCACCAUCGCCGGAUGCAAGAUGUCGAAGUCGCUGAAGAACUUUGUGACCAUCGCGGAUGCGUUGAAGGCGCAUUCGGCGAGGAGGCUGCGAUUGGCGUUCCUUCUGCAUGCCUGGAAGGACACGCUGGAUUAUAGCGAAAACACCAUGGAGUACACCGCACAGUGGGAGAAGACAUUCAACGAGUUCUUCCUGAAUGUCAAGGACGUGUUGCACUCCGCCCCUCCGCCAAACACAACCGCAGCAUUUGCCAAGUGGUCCGCGGUAGAGGUCGCCCUCAACGCCAAGUUUCAGGACGCCCGCGGCGGAGUUCACGCCUCGCUCUGCGACAACAUCGACACCCGUUCCGCCCUGGAGUGCCUGCGCAACCUCAUCUACGACUGCAACGUCUACAUGAAGGACAAGAAGUCUUCCAGGUCGCAGAGCAACGCCGUGCUGCUGAGGAACAUUGCGGAGUACAUCACCGGCAUCCUCAGGGUAUUCGGCACAACGGACGACCGAUCCGGUGAUGUCGGGGCAAUCGGAUUCGGCAGCGGAGCCUCUGACAACGCCGCGGGAGAGGAAGAGAUCGCCAUGCCGUACCUCAAAGCCAUGGCGGACUUCCGCGAGAACGUCCGACAGAUCUCGCGGUCCGCAAAGAGCGAGGAGGGCAAGAUGAAGACCUGUCCGCAGGAGCUCCUCGACUUGUGCGACUCGUUCCGCGACGACGUCCUCCCCGAGCUGGGAGUCCGGUUCGAGGACCACGACGGGACGCCGACGGUCGUGAAGAUCGUUGGCAGGGAGACCCUGAUGGCGGAACGGCUGGAGAAGAAGAAGAUGGAGGAGAAGAAAAGGGAAGAGAAGGAGAGAAGGAAACGCGAAGAGGAGGAAGCCAGGAAAGAAAGGGAAAGGUUGAGGAGGGUGAAUCCGAAAGAAAUGUUCCUGGGGGAGACGGACAAGUACAGCAGGUUUGACGCGGAGGGUCUGCCGACGCACGACGUCGACGGGAAGGAAGUCAGCAAGGGGUUGGUGAAGAAGUUGAAGAAGCUGCAGAUGGCACAGGAGAAACGCUACGCGGACUACCUCAAAGAGUGCGCUGGGGGUAACGGCACCGCGGAAGGGUCUUGAUGGUAGAUUGAGCUACCCGAAGAAAGUGCAGAAGAGGGAUGUGGCGGAUGUUGAUGUCGAUCAGAAGUUGCACUCACAUGUGCAAGUGGCGUAACAGGAAGCCGUACAAAACUUCUCACAAGGGACAGAUUUUGCAUUAAAAAAAGGGGGUGUACUUUAACUCCUUUCUUUUGGCACGUCUAUCAGUCCCUUUUGGAGAGUACAAUUACUCUAACAAAAGUGUCUCUAACUCCCUACUGGAGAGUAAUAUUACUCCCUGGUAGGGAGUACGGGAGUAAUGUUACUCUUUUGAGGGAGUGAGGAGGCUCCUUUUUUAGAGUAAUUACUCUAAAAAAAAGAGUCUGGGAGUGCCUCACUCCCUUUUAGGGAGUGGGGUUACGCUCUAACUCCCAACUGGAGAGUAAUAUUACUCUCUGGUAGGGAGCACGGGAGUAAUGUUACUCUCUUGAGGGAGUGAGGAGGCUCCUUUUUUAGAGUAAUUACUCUAAAAAAAAGAGUCUGGGAGUGCCUCACUCCCUUUAGGGAGUGGGGUUACGCUCUAACUCCCAACUGGAGAGUAACAUUACUCUCUGGUAGGGAGUAAGAGAGUAAUGUUACUCUCUUGAGGGAGUGAGGAGGCUCUCUUUUGAGAGUAACUGUACUCUCCAAAAGGGAGCGAUAUAUGUGGCAAGGAAAAGGAGUUAAAGUACUCCCCUUUUUUUAAAGGGUGUAGAGUUGACAGCAACGUGCCCCGAGGUACAACCUUUACGUUGCCCGCAUGUGGAUCAGGUGCGGUUUCUAAUCGAAUACAUGCGCUGUGACAACAUCAAGUCCCAAACAACGUUCCAGCAUCCCUGUUUUGCUCUUAUUUAUUUCAUUUCUUUUGGUUUUCUUAACAUUAACUCCUAUGGCACACCAUGUUUAAGGAAUAAAGAAGAGGGUCGUUGUAAACGUACAGUCAGGGAUAUUCCCAGGAUUUUUGUCGGGAGGGGUGGGGGGAUUUGUUUCCUACAGGGGGGGUGACGGUGAUGUUUGCUGCUUUUGUUGGUCUUCUGGUGGGCAUUUUGGGGGGGGUGUCAGAUUUUUUGGGCAUUAGGGAUGUGUGGGGGGUGCUGGGAAAAUCCCCGGAACCCCCCCCCCUCCCCCGGUACUUGUUUUAAGACUGCGAUAGCCUUAUUAUAAUGAGUCCCUAAGAACUUAAUCUUGCAUUUAGUGCUACACCAAUUAAUAUUGGUAAGCUUUCGGCUCAUGCAAAUGUUCCGUUUGUUACAGAAGCUACCCAACCAGAUUAAUAUUUGAUGAUCAGAUAAGCGUGCCAGUGGUGAUUUGUGACCGGGCAUUAUUAUUCCAUUUUCAUAAGAAUGCCAUUUUACUAAAGCAGACAUUUUGAUUACACAUCCGCAAGGAAAUUAAUUAUAUCCUUAUUGCUUGUAUAUUGUGUAUUCCCUGUGCAAUCAAUGGUAAAUAGUAUUUACUGUCAACAUGAUAUAUCGGGUGAACAGAGACCCACUAAUUUAAUUUUUACGACACGCUCAAUGUCCUCAUGUGCGUCCCUUCAACUGAGUUCCAUGACUUUGCACUUUUCCAGCAACAAUAAACGGCUUCUACGCACUGCAACUUGUAA